UGGCUUGAUUCUUAAAAACACAGUGGUGUAGUAGAGAUACGGCGUGAAAAGUGUUGUUCUUAGGUGUGACCAUGUUCCCCAGGGUGAUUUUGAGGGGAACUAUGAUUAAAAAAUCUCAACAAAAGAAAAGAACAUCUCCAUGCAACUACAAAGAGAGGUUUUUCGUGUUGGACACCCAGGACCUGAAGUAUUCUGAACGCCGUCCAGGGAGAAAGCCCAUGGUGAAAGGUUGCAUCGAGCUGUACAAAAUCAAGUGUGUGGAGAUUGUGUGCAGUGAUGUUCCCAUACCAUGCAACUAUAAGUACCCUUUUCAGGUAUUUCAUGACAACCAUUACCUCUAUAUCUUUGCUCCAGACAACGAUUGCCGUCAGAGAUGGGUCAGAGCUCUCAAAGAGGAGACAAAGAAUAACAAUUUAGUGGCAAAAUACCACCCAAACUUCUGGAUGGAUGGAAAAUGGAGAUGUUGUCAACAAACAGAGAAACUGGCAACAGGUUGUCAUGUAUAUGACCCAGAGGGUUAUGCUUCAAAGAAGCCACUUCCUCAGCUCCCGGAUCCAGAGAUGAUACUGCAAAAUUCAGGACAGAGGACUGUCAUCGCUCUUCAAGACUACACGCCACUUGGAGACGAUGACUUGCCUCUUCAGAAGGAUCAGGAGUACACCCUAAUUAACGGCACUCACGCUGAUUGGUGGGCCGUAAGUAAUGACAAGGGGGUCACAGGCUUUGUACCCAGUACUUACGUAGCUGAAAAAUCAAGCAACAACUUUGAGCGAUUUGAAUGGUACAAUAAAAACAUAACCAGAGCGCAAGCAGAGGAUUUGUUAAUGAAAGAGGGAAAAGAAGGUGCGUUCAUGGUGCGUGACUCGAGACAGGCGGGGGUCUACACAGUGUCAGUCUUCACCAAAGCACCGGGGUCAAAUGGGGAGAAGAAUCCACGAGUGAAACAUUACCAGAUCAGACAGACAGAAACAGGGGAGGCCACAUAUUACUUGGCAGAGAAGUACCUGUUUAGCACCAUUCCUGAGCUCAUCCAUUACCACCAACACAACGCUGCCGGCCUGAUAACACGCUUGAGACGCCCUGUCUCUCAAGAUGGAGGUUGUUCCCUGAAUAUUGCCGAUCCUUCAAAAGAUCAGUGGGAAGUGGACCCCGGGGAGCUGACCUUGGGUCAGGAGAUAGGCAGUGGUCAGUUUGGAUUGGUGCUUGAAGGGCGAUUGAAAGAAAGUAAGGUGGCAGUGAAGAUGAUCAGAGAAGAAUGCAUGUCGGAUGAGGAAUUUAAAGAAGAGGCUAAAAUCAUGAUGAGACUGUCUCAUUGUAAGCUAGUUCAGCUCUACGGUGUGUGCACCCAGCGUUCUCCCAUGUGUCUGGUGUUCGAGUUCAUGGAGAACGGCUGUCUGUCUGACUACCUGCGAGCCAGGAAAGGGUCUUUGUCUCAGGAUGUGAUGUUGGGGAUGUGUCUGGAUGUCAGUGAGGGGAUGGCUUACCUGGAAAGCUCCAACUUCAUCCACAGGGAUCUGGCUGCCAGGAACUGUCUUGUUUCAAAGAACAAUGAGGUGAAGGUAUCUGACUUCGGGAUGACCAGAUUUGUGCUUGAUGAUCAGUACACAAGCUCCCUGUGCUCCAAGUUCCCUGUCAAGUGGUCGGCUCCAGAGGUCAUCAAAUACUGCAAGUUCAGCAGCAAGUCUGACGUCUGGUCGUUCGGUGUGCUCAUGUGGGAGGUGUAUAAUGAGGGCCGUCUCCCUUACGAGAACCGCUCUAAUGCCGAGGUGGUUGAGUCCCUGAACUCAGGCCUGAGGCUCCUGAAGCCCCGUUUGGCCCCAGACGCCGUCCACCUGCUCAUGGAGUGGUGCUGGAAAGAGAAACCAGAAGAUCGUCCAUCCUUUGCUCUCCUCCUGCAUGAACUGGCCUCCAUCUCAGAUCUGUGAACCAUGAUAAGAGUUGAGGUUAAAGAAAGAUUCAUUAUAGCUAUAUUUAUUUAUUUAUGUUUUUUUGUUUUUUUGUUUUUUUUAUCAAUGACUUGUCAGAUUUUUUAAAUCUUUUGAUUGAAAUGACACAAGAGAGUUUCAGAUCCCUGGAUUUUGCACUUUAUCUGUUUCCUCUGUAUACAAGCUCUUACAGUUCACUGCAGGUUCAUGUUAAGGUUUCAAAUAUUCUGUACAUUAAACUAGGUGAGAUGGUUUAUGAUGUUUAACCCACUGUUCAUUAAAUAAAUCCAUGCGAAACACA